GCCUAAAUGCCUACAUCCAGUCCCCGAAGCAAUCGUGCCCAGGCCUUCACUAACCCGUCAAACUUAACGGAGUUUGACAAUCCGAAUACAACUCGAGAACUUGAUUUCACAAGCCUCUUAUCUUACCACCGAAGUUUUGAUUUCACAAAACUCGGGAUUUCUUCCACCUAACGUUUGAUUUCACAAACCGUUAGGAUUUCUACCACUUGGUACGACCUCGAAGCGAAGAAGAUUUAAUCUUGCACUGUGAAACCCUAACACCCUAAAGUGGGAAGCAGCUCUAGUACCAUCAGCAUGACACGAGUUUAUAUAUGAGGAGAAAAGGGCGUCCAAUCUUUGCUGAGUUUUAAGCCCUUCUUUCCAAUUUCCAUACAUUAAUGCGUCGGACUUCGCACGUUCUCUCCUGCGUGGGCAGCUUUUCUCUUCGUUCUACCGCUCCUGCCUCUCUCUGCGCCCUCAAUGUGGACUUCUUAGCCCAUUUUCACUCUUACAGACCCGAGCUCGAAAACGGGGCAGAAUCUUGCCCCAAUGGUUAUCGCAGAUUUCAAGGAGAUACACAUUGUCAGCCUAUUGGUGGACGAUGGACUCCAUCUCUUUCAUCUGGAUUCCAUGCUCUAUAUCCCAGGAGCUCUGUUAUAUCUUCAACUCCCGUCCCAUUGAAUCUCAAUCAUCGCCUCUUCCUAAGCCAUGGUUUCUUAACCAGAGCUAAAAAGAAUAUUACUGCAAUAGAAGUGGACUCUCACGGCCAUGUUAUGCUAGCUGAAAUGGUGCACUCAUUGGCAGAUUUCGCGAACCAGGCACUUCUUGCUUAUGGCUUAAGCAGUUCAAGGCGUGCACCAGACGCUCUCCAUCCGUAUGGUUAUUCUAAGGAAAGAUUUGUUUGGUCUUUGAUAUCUGCUGUUGGCAUUUUUUGUCUUGGUUCUGGUGCUACAAUAGUUCAUGGAAUUCAAAACUUGUGGACUGCACAGCCUCCUACUUAUAUUGGAUAUGCAUCAUUGGUGAUUGGUGGCUCAUUCAUCAUUGAAGGUGCUUCUCUGCUUGUUGCAAUACAAGCUGUUAAAAAAGGUGCAGCUGCAGAAGGAAUGACAAUUAGGGAAUAUGUAUGGCGUGGCCAUGACCCUACAUCUGUUGCUGUUAUGACAGAGGAUGGGGCUGCAGUUACAGGCCUAGCCAUUGCUGCUGCUUCGUUGUAUGCAGUGAAUAUAACAGGAAACCCAAUAUAUGACCCCAUAGGUUCCAUCAUUGUUGGCAAUCUUCUUGGAAUGGUGGCUAUAUUUCUGAUUCAGAGGAACCGUCAUGCUUUGAUUGGUAGAGCAAUCGAUGACCAUGAUAUGGAGAGAGUUCUUCAGUUUUUGAAAAAUGAUCCCGUUGUUGAUGCUGUAUAUGAUUGCAAGAGCGAGGUGAUUGGACCUGGAUUUUUUAGAUUCAAAGCAGAGAUUGAUUUCAAUGGGGUGGUGCUGGUGCAGAAUUAUCUAGAAAGAGCCGGACGCCAGGAGUGGGCGCGACAGUUCCGGGAGGCUGCAAAGGAGAUGGAUGAUACAACACUUCUCAUGCUCAUGUCAAAUUAUGGUGAGGAGGUUGUGACAGCAUUGGGAAGUGAAGUUGAUCGCCUGGAAAAAGAGAUCCAAGAAAUAGUUCCCGGCAUUAAGCAUGUGGAUAUUGAGGCACAUAACCCCAUUUGAACACCCAAAUUUUACUUGAGAGGAUGCUGAAGUGGCCUCUAAAGGUGUUAUGCAAGAUGGGAGGAUUAACACGUAUUGUAACAUGAAUGAGGUCGCAAACUAGAUAAAGAAAAUUUUGACUACAGA